GCCUCGGCGCGCUCCCCUCCGCCGCCGCCGAGCAGCCGAGCGCCCCGAGGGAGCUUGACAAUGAGCUGGGCGCCCAAGCACGUUUUGCUGUGGACUUUCUUGCACUGCGCGGCUUGCCCGCUGGCUCGGGGUACAGCUGAAGACCAUUUAUCCAAAAUGCUUGAUGGCAAAAUCAAAAUCCGAGCACUUUGCAAGUUUUGUGACGUGAUACCAACCAGCUGCAUGAAUGAAGGCCAUUGCAUCAGUAGCUGUAACCUCACUUCUAUAUGUGAGGAUGAGAAUGAAGUUUGUGCUGCCGUCUGGAGGAAGAAUGAUGAAAACAUAACCUUGGAAACAAUAUGUCAUAAUCCUGCACAAAAGCUGCACGGGCACAUUUUGAGUGACUACAAUUCGGAUAAAUGUAUAAUGAAAGAGAUGAAGGGAGAUGGUGGUUUGCUGUUCAUGUGCUCCUGCAAAGAGGAAGAAUGCAACAACGAACUUAUUUUCUCAGAUAUCACUGAAAUACCAGACGAAGACGUGAACAACGUGAUUUCCAAAGUUGCGCUGAUAAGCCUGGUCCCGCUGCUGGUGAUUGCCAAAGCCGUGAUCCUUAUCUUUUACUGCUACCGUAUCCAGAGGAGGAGGAAGCUUAACAAGGCAUGGGCGAAGAACGUGAAGUCCAGGAAGCAUAAAGACUGCAGCGAUGUAUGCGCCAUCAUGAUAGACGACGACUGCUCUGACAUCAGCUCUACUUGCGCCAAUAACAUCAACCACAAUACUGAGCUUCUGCCCAUUGAGCUGGACACCCUCGUGGGGAAAGGACGCUUUGCUGAAGUCUACAAGGCUAAACUGAAACAAAACACAUCGGAGCAGUUUGAAACCGUGGCGGUCAAGAUCUUCUCCUACGAAGAGUACGUCUCCUGGAAGACGGAGAAAGACAUCUUCUCCGACAUAAACCUGAAGCACGAAAAUAUCCUGCAGUUCCUCACAGCCGAGGAGCGGAAGACGGAUGUAGGCAAACAAUACUGGCUGAUCACUGCCUUCCACUCGAGGGGGAAUUUGCAGGAGUACCUUAUAAAGCACAUCAUUAGCUGGGAGGACCUCUGGAAACUGGGUGGGUCUUUGGCCCGAGGGAUCGCCCAUCUUCACAGUGAUCACACACCUUGCGGCCGACCCAAGACGCCCAUUGUCCACAGGGAUCUAAAGAGCUCCAAUAUCCUGGUGAAGAACGAUUUGACCUGCUGCCUCUGUGACUUUGGGCUAUCGCUGCGGCUGGAUCCCACCCUCUCCGUAGAUGACCUGGCCAACAGUGGGCAGGUUGGCACAGCAAGGUACAUGGCUCCCGAAGUCCUGGAAUCCAGAAUGAACUUGGAUAACGUCGAGUCCUUCAAACAAACUGACGUAUAUUCCAUGGCUUUGGUUCUGUGGGAAAUGACAUCUCGCUGCAACAGUGUCGGAGAGGUGAAAGACUACGAGCCGCCGUUUGGUUCUAAAGUGCGAGAACAUCCUUGUGUGGAAAGCAUGAAAGAUAACGUAUUGAGGGACAGGGGACGGCCAGAGAUUCCUAGCUCAUGGCUCAACCAUCAGGGCAUCCAGAAGGUUUGCGAGACGCUUGUCGAGUGUUGGGACCACGACCCCGAGGCCCGGCUCACUGCGCAGUGCGUAGCUGAGCGGUUCAAUGAUUUCGAGUACCAGGACAGCCUCUCCGGAAGAAGCAGUUCGGAAGAAAAGAUCCCCGAAGAGAGCUCUGUGAACAGUGCCAAGUAACAGCCUGCUACAAGACAAAACUUCCAUGAAACCAAAGAGAGAAAGAGAGA